CCACCACCACCUUCACCCGGCAGCCGCUGCAGCGGAACAAUGGGAGGAUCACAGGCUACGUGAUAUUCCUCACCACGGACCAAACUGUCGGUGACUGGGUGAUGGGGGAAGUGACGGGGGACUGGCUCACCCUCACCGUCCAUGGACUGACGCCUUCAAGGAAGUAUUUGCACAAGAUGCACUCUCACAAUGUCAAAGGUUUUGGUCCAUUCUCCUCCGUGGAAAGCUUCACGACUUCCAGCUGUUGACAAGAGCAUUGGUGAGCCCCCUGGCUGGUGUGUGGAGCGAGAGGCCUGAUUGUGCUGGUGAUCGCUGGCGUGGCAGGAGCCAUGACCAGCUGGGGGCCUUCUUGGCCACCACACUGUACUGCCGCGGGUCAAGGCGGAGCCCAGGCCAAGCAUUGUUCUUGGCGGCAGCUGCAGUGAGAGCAACAAGCCUGGCGUCCAGCCUCCAGACCUGUGGAUCCAUCACGGCCACUUGGAGCUGAAGAACUUUGACAAGGGUGAGCGCAGCAACUCCCCCAACCACGCCUCCAUCAUCCAGCACACAGGAGUCGCGUCACAUCACAAUGGAACCAAAAAAGGACGAGAAGGGACAAGACAAGAAGAAAAGGUCUUCUGCUGCCGCUGCUGCCUCUCCUGAUGAUGAUGAGCAACAAGAAGACACUCAAGAACAACCUGCCAAGAAAGUGAAGGGACGAUCCAAGAAGAGGUCAUCGUCUGCUACCGGGGAGACACCCCCUCCUCCAGCCCUCUUGCGUCACCAAUCCACUUGGACACAGAGCCCCAACCUGGUCGUGAUGAUGCUGGGGGGCGCGGCAGGUCCCUGGUACCCCCGCCUGGUUCAUGGCCGCCUCGCACAAGACCAAGGUUGUCGCAAAGAACAUAUCCAGAAUUGCACUCAUUUCCGAGGAGGCGACGAAAUACACGGCACAACAGGUCAGAAGGUCAAGGAACGCCCCAUUGCCAGCACCUUCUACGCACCCUUCGACCUUUACGAGCGAGGCAAGUUCGACGAGAUCCUUGAGGGGAUGGUCAGCUCCCACGCCCAGAACGAGGACAUGGCCAUUUCCGAAGCCAUGACCAGCAAGAUGUUCGAGGACGCUAAGACUGGUGUUAGCCUGGACCUGGCGGCACAGAUCCUGCAGCAGGGGCGUGACCACGGCAUCGCUGGAUACAACCGCUGGAGGCACCUCUGCGGCCUCCCGAAAGCUGCCUCCUUCCAAGGCCUGAGUGACGUCACUGCCCCGGAAAACAUCAAGAAACUACAAGGGAUUUAUAAGCAUGUGGAUGAUGUGGAUCUCUUCACCGGUGGACUCGCGGAAAAGCCAAACUGUGGAGCGCUGGUCGGGCCCACGUUUGGCUGUUUGAUUGGUCGCCAGUUCCACCACCUGAGGCGAGGCGAUCGUUACUGGUAUGAGGACGACAUCCCGCCCUCCUCAUUCACUAAGGAACAACUUUACGAGCUCUGCAAGACCAGCCUGGGACGUGUGAUCUGCGACAGCAGUGACAAGCUCCAGCACGUCCAGCCCAAGGUCAUGCUGGAGGCUGAUUCCUUCCUGAAUGCCCCAAUGGCCUGCCAGGGGAAGCAUAUCAAGGGUGUGGACCUGAAGAAGUGGAAGACCGCCAGCCCCAACUUCAUCAUUCCCGACAAGAUGCUUCAGGAGAGCAUUGAGAGGGCCAGGCGCGACAUCACCAACAUGAGGGACUCCGAGUGGAACCUCUGGGAAGCACCACACACACCAACUGACCCAGGACCCAGAACGAAGCGACAGACUAACUCCCGACCCAGACUGACCCCAAGCGGACACCCCAGGACGCAACGCCCGACCUGGGGGGGCCAACGCGUGACCCCUGACCUCAUGCAAGCGCUGGUGGGCAGGGGGUCGGAAGCGCAGGGGAGUGAGGACUUGAAGUUGAGUCCGAGGGUUAUGCGGGAGGCCGAGGAGCUUCUGACGGAUUGCUUUAGCGCGGGUGUCAAGGCUUGGGGGAUUAUGAGGCAACACGAACGGCAGCUGUGGCAGAAACGUCAGGCAGCAUAAGGGCACGAAAAACACGCGCAGCUGACCGCCAGCUGAAGGACUACUGAAUCCGGGUCACCAAACAACGUCCUCGACCUGAUGGAAGUGUUGGCAAACAUUGACGUGAGCGACAUCAUGGAAAUCCCCAGUGUGUUUGAGUGUGACGACCAGACCUGCCUUGCGACCAUACACCACGAUUCCGUACGGCGACAGGAUGGUGCAAUAACCUGAAUUUCCCGUCCUUCGGCAAGUCAUUCCGGGCCAAGAGUCGUCUGUUGAGGCCCUCCUAUGAAGGUGGUCUAUCAAAACCCUGAGCUACGUCAAUCACAGGUCAGCCGCUUCCCUCCCCUCGGCUAAUCUCUACGAACAUGCACAACAAUGUCUCGGCUCCUCAUGUUCGCUACACCCUCAUGGUCAUGCAAUGGGGGCAGCUUAUCGACCAUGACAUCAUCUUCACGCCCAUCAACAAAGGUUACCGAGAGCAGAUGAACCAGGUCACUGCAUUUGUGGAUGCCUCACACACCCAUGGCUCAGACAAGUGUGAACAGAGACAGCUGAGAAUGCUAACGGUGAGGGUU